UACUCAGCCCCCAGCUGCCAGCACAGCCCUUGGGUGCGCUGCUAGCACUUUGCUGGGUGCACCUGCUUCCCGAGGCUGGUGUUGCGCGAGCGCCGUCUGCCACCAGCUUCGUCCUGCUGUGUGUGCGUGCUGCCGCAGUGUGGGAGGAGCAGGCGGAUGCCCUGAACUUGCAGACGAGGGCGGAAGCUUUUGGGGGUUUGCUGUUUCUGCUUGAGGCUUUCAUAGAGUUCUGCAGCAUCUGAGCUGGGUGUUCACUGCUGGAGUGAUGCAGGCAUAUAAAAGCAGAGCUGGGUCUUCCCCCAGGGCUCAGUCUGGGCCAGCCCCGACAGUUUUUGGCUGCCACAUGGAAGAUCACGCAAAGCACGUCCAGCCCAUCCCACUCCCAGCCAUGCAGCAGAACUUGAACUAUGUGUACCCGCAAAUAUUUUGGGUGGACGGUUGUGCCAACACCAGUACCUCCUGCCCUCCGGCACCCCCUAUUGCUCCCUUCCCACCACCGGUACCUGAGCGGAGGAGAAAGCCAAAGAACACCAGGGAAAGGAGCAGCAUCGGCUUCCUGGUGAUCUCCUUGCUGAUCCUGAUGGCCCUCACUGGAGUGGGGCUGAGCAUGUUUCAGAUUUUCCAUCUGGAGAAGCAACUGGCAGAACUCAGAGAGUCUGCCAGCACUGAACACAUCCCUCCAGCUCUGGAGAAGCUCAUAGGGCAGGAGAGACAGGCAGCGAAAAAGGAAGUGAGGAAAGCGGCACACUUAACAGGAAACCCCAUGCAGCGGGACCUCCCUUUGGAGUGGGAGCCCAUCUCCGGCCACGCUUUCACUAAUGGCGUUCAGUACCGCAACCAGGGCCUCGUGAUCAAUGAGACUGGCCUGUACUUCGUGUACUCCAACGUGCUCUUCCGGGGAAGCAUCUGCAGCAGCCAGAUGUUGAGCCACGUUGUCUACAAGACAAAUCCGGCCUCGCCAGGCAGCCAUGUGCUGAUGGAGGACAAAUACAUCAAUUACUGUGCAAAUCAGAAAAUGUGGGCCCGGAAAAGCUAUCUGGGGGCUUUAUUCAAGCUCAGGGAGAGGGACAGUCUGUAUGUCAAUGUCUCCAAAAUCUCUCUGGUUAAUUUUGAGGAAUCCAAGACAUUCUUUGGCUUAUUCAAGCUUUAAAUGGCACUGUUGGAGCGUGGCUGGCAGCCGCCCUAACUCUCCCAGGCAUGCGCAGGAGGUAAGGGCUGCUUGAGAGGCAGCAGCCCCAUGCCAAAACAAGGCUUCUUGCUAAGAAGGAACCAUGUUAUGGCCUUCUGCAUGUGUGGGCUCAAGUGACUGGUAAAAGCUCGAAACCAGGCCUCUGGGAAGCACCUAGGCUGUCCUGUGGUGACCUGAAGAGAAUCACACAUUUUCCUUCUCUGAGUAAAACAACAAACCAAAAACAUAGAGCAUCAAAGAUGCUGUUGAAACUCACUACUUGCUCAAGAAGGCUGUGCUACCUGAGAAGGUGCUGGGGCCUCAAGGGCUUUGGCCUACAUGUGGUGUUGUGCACCCAGGGAGCUUGGGCCAGCACGCAUGUGGGGACAGCUGGAUGGCAUUGAGGAGGCCCCUCAAGCUUGGACCGUGCCAUGCCGCACCACAGGUGGUGGUGUGGGAGCAAAUUCAGGCUCCGUGCCCCAAGCAGUGGUCGCCUGUCCUGCCUGGGCAUUUGGCACUGUAAUUGCUGUCUGACAGAUACCCACCUGCCAGGUGGCUUGUUAAGUGUGAUAGAUUUGUUUUUGUGUUAAAUUAUGGACUAUUCCCUUUCCAGAUUAUGCUUCCUGCCCCCUUUAUUUAACUUGCCCUGACAGCUCACAAGGAACGUUCUGGAAGCGGUGGUGCCAUGAGGGGGUCCCAGCCCUGUUGAGAAACCAUGAUCUGGCUGGCUGCUCUCCACACUGUGGGGGGAUAGCUGGGGGGCCAGGUGCCCACCCACGUCAGCCCCAUUCACUGACAAGACCUGAGCAACGUGGCAGUGGAGGGCAGUGAAGCCUGAGGUGAAAACAGUGGCUCCAGCCCCUUCCCACCUUUACGGUGCCUCAGGCCCUCUGUGGCUGCCCCUUGCAUGGCCCCCC